UUUCCCUUUUUUUUUGCGGCUCCCCCGCCCGCCCUCCUGAUUUCCAGGAGGACUUGGGACUCCCUCGAACGUGAGCAACAGCUAGCAGAAACCCUUGGCACUUUUUUUUGUUUUGCACCGUGUCGGCUGCUAUGCUGCCUUUUCCUUUCCGACACUUUGCCAAGCCUCUACGAAGAUGUUGCCAGUCUGCAGAGAGCUUGCGGGCCCAGCACAGCAAAGCAGCUGUGGUGUCUGCCAAGGAGACCCCGGGCUGGACCGGGCAAGAGAGCUUGUCGGAGAGCGACCCUGAGAUGUGGGAGUUGGUGCAGCAAGAGAAAGAUCGACAGUGCCGGGGGCUGGAACUCAUCGCCUCAGAGAAUUUCUGCAGCCGAGCUGCACUGGAGGCCCUCGGAUCCUGCCUCAACAACAAGUAUUCAGAAGGCUACCCUGGGAAGAGAUAUUAUGGUGGUGCUGAGGUGGUGGACCGCAUUGAGCUGUUGUGCGAACGUCGUGCUCUUGAAGCUUUUGACCUGGAUCCUGAGCGCUGGGGGGUGAAUGUCCAGCCCUACUCUGGUUCCCCUGCCAAUUUUGCAGCCUACACAGCUUUGCUGCAGCCCCAUGAGCGUCUCAUGGGCCUGGACUUGCCGGAUGGGGGCCAUCUGACACACGGAUACAUGUCUGACGUCAAGCGUAUCUCGGCCACGUCCAUCUUCUUUGAAUCUAUGCCCUACAAACUAAAUCCAGCAACCGGACUGAUAGAUUACGACCAGCUGGAGGUCACUGCCCGACUCUUCCGCCCACGUAUCAUCAUUGCUGGCACCAGUGCUUAUGCCCGCCUUAUCGACUAUGCCCGUAUAAAGAAGGUGUGUGAAGAAGUGAAGGCCUACAUGCUGGCUGACAUGGCCCACAUCAGUGGCCUCGUGGCGGCCAAAGUCAUCCCGUCUCCCUUUGACUAUGCUGACCUAGUGACCAGUACGACUCACAAGACCCUCCGUGGGGCCAGGUCUGGGCUGAUCUUCUACCGCAAAGGUGUUCGUUCCACGGAUAAGAAAACCGGCAAGGAGAUUCCCUACAACCUGGAAGAGAAGAUCAACUUUGCUGUUUUCCCUUCUCUGCAGGGAGGGCCCCAUAACCAUGCCAUUGCUGCUGUCGCUGUGGCUCUGAAACAGGCCAGCUCACCCAUGUUUCGAGAGUAUUGCCAGCAGGUACUGAAGAAUGCCAAAGCCAUGGCAGAAGCAUUGUUGCAGCAGGGAUAUACUCUGGUUUCAGGUGGCACUGACAACCAUCUGGUGCUGGUGGACCUGAGGCCAAAAGGCAUUGAUGGAGCACGGGCUGAGCGGGUGCUGGAGCUGGUGUCCAUUACAGCUAACAAGAACACCUGCCCUGGUGAUAAGAGUGCCCUCACACCUGGUGGCCUGAGGCUUGGGGCACCUGCGCUAACUUCCCGACAAUUCCGGGAAGCUGAUUUCCGGAAAGUAGUCGAGUUCAUUGAUGAAGGGAUCCAGAUUGGAUUAGAUGUCAAAAAGAAAACCUCCAAGUUACAAGAUUUCAAAUCCUUCUUGCUGGCUGACCCAGAGACGAAACAGAGGCUCUCCGACCUCCGGCAGCGUGUCGAAACUUUUGCCCGUGCCUUUCCCAUGCCUGGCUUUGACGAACGUUGAGACGGUACCCAAGCAGAGACUGCCAAAUAGCUGCCCUCCAACAGGUGGGCCUUGCAAGAGGCCACGUGCAAGAAGGUGCCUCCAGCCCUGCCUGCAAGAGCCAGCUAGGGAGGCCCUUUCCCCGAGAAGGGUACCUUCCUCAGUCACUUUUCCAUCCUUUCAACAGCUGAUUUUUUAGUGACUCAGAACAACUUGACCUCCUUUUAUUUGAUAGAACUAACCUCUGACCCACGGUACAUGUGCUACCUUUUGCCUUCUCAUUAUGCAAGAUGGAUGGUUAAGAAUUAAACGUCUUCACCUCAUUUUCUUGACUGAAUGAAAGUGCAGAACACUUUAA